UGCGAAUCGUGAAUGUGGACCACUCGUGACUACAGAGAGUCACGAGUUCAAUCUUGAAUUGCUUUGUCGUCAAGCACGAGUAGACGGGAGCAGACGCGUACGCGCAUGUUUCGUCUUCAUCACAUCGUCGUCGUCGGCGUUGUCGUCAUCAUCAUCAUUACCAACGCAUCCCAUCGCGAGCUACAACAGCACAGAUUCUGCGACUCCCCCAAUCCGUCAUCGCCAAAUCACCCCGUCGCUCCGCUCGUGCUUCUACUUUUCCGGAACUCGUAAUUGCAGGCCUCCUUCAUAGCCCGAUCCACACCUCUCUAUUUGGCUGCCUGCGAGGUCUGCCUUCUUCUCGCGACUCGGCGCGAUCUGGCUUGCUGGUAGCGCUUAGGCCUUGUCCUGCGGUCCCUCAAUCGCCUCCGCAGCCAUUUGCUUGAUCAUCUGCUCUCGUUCGCAACGCGACCUUUUCUCUCUUACGAUGACGUCAUCUUCGCCCCCUCACAUUGUGCGCGGCCCGAAAAACGAGGGUCAGCCAGGCGUAUCAGGGCAGGCACUGGCAUGUCCGCCUUCGCCUCCACCAGCAAAAAGCGCUGGGCCGAGAGAUGCAGAUACCAAGGAUGAGGAGGCGGAAAGGGUAGUCGAGCAGGGGGAGGAGGAGGAGGAUAAUAAUAAUAAUAAUGGUGAUGAUGAUGCUGAUGACGAUGACGAUGACGAUGAUGGCCCAAGAGCUGGAGAGGAUGCGGGAGCUGCAAGCGGCGAGAGCAAGAAGCGACCAGCAGCCGAGGAGCAGCAGGAGCGCGCUUCCAAGUCGAACGUCAAGAGGUCGAUCGAGCAAGACGAGAAGGAGAAGCUGAGGCGCAAACGCGAUCGAGAAGGCAGUCUCGAACCCACCACUAGUGCCGCUUCUACCGCAAAAGAGGGCAGCCAGAUUCCUAUCUCCACCGAUGCGUUGCCUGCCAAGAAGAACAGAGUAGCCGCGAAACAGCCAAAAGAAGACCAAGCCUCACCCGCGCUCAAAUCUCAAAGAAUAGACCCAUUAGAUCCAGACCCGAACAGCGACCCCUCCAGCGGCGCACCCGACGCGGAAGAUGUGACUACAGUUGAGGGGGAAAAGGUCGGGCAGAUCAGACAACGGGUUCGCGAUCUUGAUUGGAAAGGAUCAGGAGACGGCGGAGCUUCAGAGGCUGCUGCUUCUGAAGCCGGCGUUGGAGAUGCCAAAUCGCUAGCACCUCUUUCGCCAGAAACAACUGUCGCUUCUCCGUCUCGUACUCAACCAUCAUUCAGCUCCUUCGCCAAGCCAAGCUCUGGCUUCGGUGCUACUGUCUCCUCAUCCUCGCCUGGCGGCACUCCUGCCGCUGCCUCUCCGAGUGUGGUCACUCCAACGCGCACGCAACCUACCUUUUCCUCCUUCUCCAAGGGCGACUCGCCUUUCUCGAGUAGUUCAGCUAGCAUUGCGGGACCCAGCUGGCUGGCUGGCUCGGGCUCAUCCGCUAGCUCCAAGAAGGCUGCCACUUCGCAAUCUGGCGGUGGCAUUCGCCCCUCCAAUCUUGGCUCCCUUGUCGCGGACGACAACGGCUCCCUGACUUCUGCCGGCACGUACGCAUCACAGCCACUAGCUUCUGGUAGCACGGUGCGAGCUCAUCCUUCUACGUCCAACAAUGGCUCUAGCUCUGGCCAAAAGCAGGCCCUGGGCUUCGGGGCUUUCAAGAGCGCAAACCCCUUCGCUGCCAAGCCAACAGUGACCAGCUCGAGCAGCUCUUCCGCAGCGCCUAGCCCCGCCGCAGCCUCCGAAAACGACAAUGCCGUUUCUGCAGAGCCGGCAGACGAGAGUGCUGCAAAGGAAAGGCAUGCCUCUGCAUCUGCAGCUCCUGCGAGGGAAACUUCGAGUGGACCAAGUGUCAAGCCACUGGAUGAGGCCGACCUAAUGACGGGCGAAGAGGAGGAGAAUGUGCUGGUGUCUGCACGUGCGAAGCUCUAUGUGCUCGGAGACGACCAUCAGUCAUGGAAAGAGAAGGGUACAGGCACACUCAGAUGCAACAUUCCACGUCGCAAGAGCCCCCUUGAGCUCGCACGAACGGGCGGCAGUUCGCAGUCUAGCAAGCGAGGUGGCAGAUUGGUCAUGAGGACCGAAGGCAUUUUACGCCUGAUACUCAACGUGAACCUGUUCCCCUCGAUGAGGCUCGAGCUGAUAUCUGAUCGCUUUCUGCGCUUCGUUGCCUUUGAGGCUGCAACUGCUGAUGCACCUCAAUCCAAAUUGAAGCCCACGCACUAUGGGUUGCGCUUCGGAAGCGCAGCGGCUGCUAGUAACUUCGUAGAUGUCGUGGAUUCGUUGCUGAGAGAGAUGCAAAAGCGUCAAAACAGCAGCAAGAUUGUCGAGGAAGCCUAACUGUCACCUUGCCAGUUUUCGCCCGCUCAAACAACGGGACACUCGAGAGCGGCCACGCGUAGGUGCAUGAAGCCUCAUGCUAGCGUCAUAGCAUCAUGCCAUCUCGAAUGCAAUGGUCUGUAAUGCUCUUUGCGAGUGCGGACAUCAAGAUCGAUGCAGCGGCGCGAUAAGCGAACCAGCUCGCUGAUUGGAUGUGUGACUCAUGGAUUGCGAAG